AUGAGUGCUCGACAAAUUGUCUUGUGCUUCGAUGGCACAGGAAACACAUUUCGCACGGAUGGCACGGACACCAAUGUCUUAAGAAUCUGUCGGAUGUUAGAAAAGUCCGACGAGCAAUGUAAGAUUUACCUCCUUUAUGGCACUGAAACAAGUCUUCUAACCGCAAGCCACACGAUGAUCCGAAAGAAGGGCAAACAAAGCAAUAACAAAGUGCUCAAUCUCGCCCUGGGUCGCUCCUUCGAUCAGCACGUUCUUGGUGGGUAUCGCUUCCUCAUGCGGCAUUAUCAAACCGGCUCCAGGGUGUAUAUUUUUGGCUUCUCACGUGGCGCAUACACGGCCCGGUUCUUGAAUGAGAUGCUUGAUUAUGUCGGACUUCUCGGCCCAGAUAACGAAGAAGUGGUGCCAUUUAUCUGGGAUGCGUUUGUAUCAUGGAAGCUUUGCCGGACGGAUAAUGACAGAGAAGCGAAGCGGAAGGCUUUUCAAGUCAUGAAAGACAGUCGGGAGAUAUUGUCACGGCCUAUGGCUCGUGUGCAUUUCUUGGGCAUGUUCGAUGCAGUUAAUAGUAUCGCGGAUUUUGAGGUUAAUGUUGAUGGAAUGACCUCGACCAAGGUAGUUCGACAUGCGGUUAGCAUUGAUGAACGGCGUAUCAAGUUCCGCCCAGUUUUGCUGCGGUCGCAGAAAGAUGAAUGGGUUGGUGAAACCCCUUCAGAUGAAAAGAGGCCUGCAAAGAAGACCUUGAUCAAUGACUCCGAGUACAUAUCUGGGCCUCCUGUUCUUCCAGAAAUCCCAAACAUCAGCGAACCAAGCAAGAAACGGGAGAUAGAAAUGGAUGACGACGACGAAGAAGACGACGGAAUGCAGGACAUCGAAGAAAUGUGGUUUCCAGGUGGCCACGCAGAUAUUGGCGGCGGAUGGAAUCUCGAAUCUAGCGAGGCAUGGCCAUUGACACACGCGCCUCUCGUGUGGAUGGUACAAGAGGCGCGGCGCGCAGGACUGCGACUCGAUCCGAGAAAGCUGAAACAACACGAGUGCAUCGAGGAAUUUGAUUCUGAUUCUGAUUUGAAAGUCGCGUCGAACUCGAAGAGGGACGUCUGGAGCUCGGAAUUGCCUAAAUCUCACAAUGAUUACUUAGAGGCCCUUGACCUGGCUGGCACAAAAGGGCAUAUUCAUGAUCUCCUUGCGUUUGGUAACGGUCUUUCGCUGACUUCCGUCCUCUCGUGGCGCCUGAUGGAGUAUCUUCCUUUGCGAAGGAUGGAAGCACAGCCUGAUGGAGCGUGGAAGGCUGUACGAUGGCCGCUGCCGCGUGGUCGAGCCCGUGACAUUCCUGUGAAUGCCCAAAUUCAUGUUUCUGCUAUCCAGCGUAUGAAGUCGGACCCGUCUUAUCGUCCUGACAAUUUGAUUUUUGGUUGGUCAGACCGUAAGGGGGAUACGGGUGGUGCUUCUGGAAUUGGGAAUUGGGUUGUUCAUUCUCAUGAGGGUGACCCGGUGCGGGAG